UACGACACAUACAUCUUCACCUAAAACUAGCCAGACCCAGAAGUGAAAAUCCGGAAUUCUGAUCCACAAUCUACGACGUGUCACUCUCCUUUUUCUUACGCGCCCCCCUUCAAACUUCCAUCUCUACCUCCUACUCUCAUUCUUCUCUUUCGCUCUUUUAAUUUGCAUUUACAGACACACACUCUGCAUCCGCUUGCAUUUCCUUCCAGUAAUCCACGCCAACUGAACCUCCCUGUGUUUAUUUGAUUUCCUUUUUUAUUUUAAUUUUCUUUCAAUAUUUUAAAUUCUUCCCAAACGCACAGUCUCUGUCUUUCACCCAUUGACUCCAUUUGAUGACAAUAAUAAUUAUUUAUUAAUUUUAUUAUUAUUUUAGUGUAACGGUUUUCUAUAACAGUAGAUCGAGAACUUUGAUUUCAAUUUUAUUAACAAUUCCAGUUUUUGAAUUUGGUUUUAUUCUCACGAAUAAGUGUGUGGCGUUUGCAUUUCUUGAGCAGAGAAAGUCACAGUAAUGAUUUUAGAAUCUGGAUUGGUGCACAUUUAUUAUUGUUUGGAGUGAUGGGUUGUGUGUAUUCAAGAGCUUGUAUAGGCGAGAUUUGCACGCCAAGAGAUGCUAGAAUCAAAGAGCCUCAACGAAUCGCACCAAGAACCACAAACGAAACUGCUGUAUUCUCUCCAGCUUCAUCAGACGGUUCAGGAGACGAAACUGGAGAUCAAAUCAACCAAUUGAGGGACCCAGAACUGGGUAUUACUAGACUCUCAAGGGUUUCGUCUCAGUUUCUUCCUUCUGACGGUUCAAGAACCGUUAAAGUUCCGUCCGGUAAGUACGAGUUGAGAUAUUCGUUUCUUUCGCAAAGAGGUUAUUAUCCAGAUGCUCUUGAUAAGGCCAAUCAAGAUAGUUUCUGUAUUCACACUCCUUUUGGGACCAGUCCUGAUGAUAAUUUCUUUGGAGUUUUUGAUGGUCAUGGAGAACAUGGAGCCCAGUGUUCACAGUUUGUGAAGCGGAAACUGUGUGAGAAUUUGCUUAGAGAUAGCAAGUUUCAUGUGGACCCUGUUGAGGCGUGCCACGCGGCGUUUUUGGCGACGAAUUCGCAGUUACACGCUGAUAUUUUGGAUGAUAGUAUGAGUGGGACGACAGCCAUAACGGUUUUGGUUCGCGGGAAGACGAUAUACGUGGCGAAUUCUGGUGAUUCUAGAGCGGUUUUAGCUGAGAAAAGAGGGAAGGAAAUUGUGGCCGUUGAUUUGUCUAUUGAUCAGACGCCGUUUAGACCUGAUGAGCUUGAAAGAGUGAAGAUGUGUGGAGCUAGAGUGUUGACAUUGGACCAAAUUGAGGGUUUAAAGGAUCCGGAUGUGCAGUGUUGGGGCACUGAAGAGGGUGAUGAUGGUGAUCCUCCUAGAUUGUGGGUCCCGAAUGGGAUGUAUCCAGGUACGGCAUUUACAAGGAGUAUUGGAGAUUCAAUUGCUGAGACAAUUGGGGUUGUUGCAAAUCCUGAGAUUGUUGUUUUGGAGCUCACCAAGGAUCAUCCUUUCUUUGUACUUGCUAGUGAUGGGGUUUUUGAGUUUCUUUCUAGUCAAACUGUCGUUGACAUGGUUGCAAAAUACAAAGAUCCCCGUGAUGCUUGCGCUGCUAUUGUGGCUGAAUCUUAUCGUCUUUGGCUACAAUAUGAAACUCGGACGGAUGAUAUCACUGUAAUAGUUGUGCAUAUUAAUGGGCUAACUGGAAGUGCUGCUGGUCAUUCAGUAAGUUCUGGUGCUGUUCUACGACCCCCUGUUCCUCAAGUGGUGGAGGUGACGGGCUCAGAAUCUCCUUCAACCUUUGGCUGGAGCUCUAGGAACCAACGUGUAAGGCAUGAUUUAUCACGUACACGUCUUCGUGCCAUCGAGAGUUCAUUAGAGAAUGGGCAAGUCUGGAUUCCAUCAUCUUCAGCCCACAGGAAGACUUGGGAAGAAGAAGCACACAUUGAGCGAGCAUUGCGUGACCAUUUCCUCUUCAGGAAGCUUACUGAUUCCCAGUGCCAUGUUUUGUUGGAUUGCAUGCAAAGAGUAGAGGUUCAAGCAGGGGAUGUUGUCGUUAAACAGGGUGGUGAAGGUGACUGCUUUUAUGUUGUUGGCAGUGGAGAAUUUGAAGUCUUGGCAACUCAGGAAGAAAUAAACGGAGAAGUCCCUAGGGUUUUGCAGUGCUAUACAGCUGAGAAGUUAUCAUCCUUUGGGGAGCUUGCCCUCAUGUAUAACAAGCCACUCCAGGCCUCUGUGCGUGCUGUGACUAAUGGAAUGCUAUGGGCUUUAAAAAGAGAAGAUUUUCGAGGAAUUCUUAUGUCCGAGUUUUCAGAUCUUUCAUCUUUGAAGUUGCUUCGAUCAGUGGAUCUUCUCUCAAGGUUGACAAUAUUACAGCUAAGUCACCUUGCGGAUUCUCUUUCUGAAGUUUCCUUCUCAGCUGGACAGACAAUAGUUGAUAGGAAUGAAUGCCUCUUUGCUCUAUAUAUUAUCCAGAAGGGACAAGUCAAAAUUACAUUUGAUGCAGACUUAUUAUGUAAUCCAAAUGUAUGCAGCCUGAAAUCCGAGAAUCAAAAAGAGGAUGAUAAUCCGGAGAGCAGUAAAGAGCUCUCUGUGGAGAAGACAGAAGGAAGUUAUUUUGGCGAAUGGACACUUCUUGGUGAACAUAUGAGUUCUUUUAGUGCAGUUGCUGUGGAUGAUGUUGUAUGUGCCAUUUUAACAAAAGAGAAGUUUGAUUUAGUAGUUGGUCCUUUAACAAAGCUUUCACAGGAUGAUCAAAAUCUUGUAUCAUUUAGGUCAAAAGAUUAUUCUUCUGGUUUUCCCAAGGAAAUCACCAAAACUGUUGAUAUCUCAACUCUUGCUAAAGUCAGCCUUUCUGAUAUGGAAUGGAGAAAGUGCUUAUAUUCCACUGACUGCAGUGAGAUUGGGCUUGUGAUUUUGAGAGACUCAGAUAAUUUGCUCAGUUUGAAAAGGUUUUCAAAGCAGAAGGUCAAUAGGCUGGGAAAGGAAGCUCAAGUGUUAAAGGAGAAGAAUUUGAUGAAAAAUAUAGGCCCUUUAGCUUUUGUUCCACAGGUUUUACGUACCUGUGCUGAUCGAGCUUAUGCUGGAAUGCUAUUGAAUACAUUUCUUGCUUGCCCUUUGGCUUCAAUACUUCACAUACCACUUGAUGAAACAUCCGCACAAUUCUGUGCUGCCUGUGUUGUUGUUGCAUUAGAAGAUCUACAUAAGAAUGGUGUUCUCUACAGAGGAGUAUCUCCCGAUGUGUUGAUGUUGGAUCAAAGUGGACAUUUACAGUUAGUGGACUUCAGAUUUGGGAAGGACUUAUCUGACAACAGAACGUUCACAAUUUGUGGAAUGACGGACUAUUUAGCCCCAGAGAUUGUCCAGGGAAAAGGCCAUGGUUUCCCUUCUGACUGGUGGGCUUUGGGAGUCUUGAUUUAUUUCAUGCUACAAGGUGAAAUGCCAUUUGGCUCGUGGAGGGAAAGUGAGAUUGAUAUAGUUGCAAAGAUUGCGAAAGGGCAGUUAAAUCUUCCACAGACUUUAAGUCCUGAAGCUGUUGAUCUCAUUACAAAGUUACUUGUAGUUGAUGAAAAUACAAGACUUGGUAGCCAGGGUCCCAGUUCUGUCAAAUCUCAUCCAUGGUUUGAUGGUGUUGAUUGGAAAGGGAUUGCAGAUUCAAGUUUUCCUGUUCCGCAUGAGAUAUCUUCUCGUAUAAGUCAACACUUGGAAAGCCUUUUAGAGGACUCUGCUCUUCCUCGAGCUUCUCCACCUCGAGAUGUAGAAGAACUCAAUGUUCCAGAAUGGCUUGAAGAUUGGUAGCAGAAUGUUGGACAUGGGUAUCUGACUCUGCUUUGGUCGAUUCGUUGCAGAUGGUAUUCUAUUCUCCUUUUAUGAAACCCCUGCUGAGAUUGUGAAAGUUUGAAGAGCUUACUUUUACAAAAGAAAUUGGAGAAGGGAGAUCAAAUUCCAGCCUACAUUUUCUCAUAAGCCUGUGAUUUUUUUGGCGUCAUGGUGUCCUGUGUAGCUGCGAAAUUAGCCAUCUAACUAAUUCAUUGGAGAGAAUAGUUGGUAGGUUUUUUAUUUCUUUGCGUAUUUUCCCAUUUCUGUAAAUACAUAAAUAUGUAAAUAAGUUAGGCCCCCUCGUAUUUUGAAAUUAAAAGUCUAGUUUUCCGUAACUUUCACAGGGUCGGCUACUUGUAGGUUAAUUUUCUGGCCGAGUUGUUGUCUCAUUUAUUCUUUAUCAUAUAUUUUGAAAAGGGCAAGGGAUAUUAUUAUUUUGAGGACUGGUGUAUGCAUAUGCAUAAGCUCAAUAUUUUGAUUAAAUUAAAACUGGUAAACGUUCUGA